AAACUCCUUAUGCAAGAAAAAUGAUUGCCCAAUGACUUAUCUUUCCGUUUACGCAGUUGUCCUAACUUCAAGAAACUCAACAGGAAAAGAAUUAGAGAGGGACCUCAAGAUUAUAAGUGCAAACUCCCUGAGGGUCCAUAUGGAAGUGGUCCAUGAGUGAGGAAGAUGGAGAGCGCAGUGUGGGUGAAAGAUGUCAAAAUGGAAAGAAAUGCCUGCCAGAAGUGGCCAGGUGGCACUGGGAGCAGCCAAUACUCAGCCUCCUCCAAGGAUAUACUCAGUAUAUCCUUGUAGGGCACAGGCCCAUUGCCACUCGGAUCUGGCAGUUUUUCCCUAGGGAGCCAACACUCCGAUGUCUAUAGAAGGUCCCCUGAUUUUUAAAUGAUGGAAAUUAAAUCAAACUCUAGAAAAUACUUCAUCGCAAACAAAACACAUCCACAGCUGCAGUACGCCCGCCUUUUCCUAAUGAAAAAUGUAAGCAGUGAUGGAACCAAUUACAGGAGUCAAGAAAAUACGCUUUAUUCCCCAAUCCCUUCCUUUUCUCCAAAUGUGACAUUUUACAAAAAUCCAGAUACACUUACAUCAUAUCCAUAGUCUGCAGUUUAACUGAGAAAGGCAGCAUAAUUAGGAUAAAUAGUUGGGAGUGGCCUGAACUCCAGAGCCCUCCUUUCUCUUGAGUCAGGCCCAAGUAUAGUGUCACCCAGAUGCCUGUUGCCUAAGUGAUAUAUACCAGAUUUAUUUAACCAUGGGCAAACCACAUUUUUUUUCCUAGGGCAGUUACUUAAAAGACUAUUUACCUCCCUUAGUUACAAAAGAGGAAAUACUUCUUCCAAGACUCAGAGUAGCCGCAGCCAGUGCUCCCGGAGAAAUUAUGAACCACAAAGAUUCCGAGCCCUGAAGCCUUUGCCCACCCACCUCCCUGCAGCUGAACGGCACAGACACAUUCAGAGAGGAGAGUCUCUCUUAACAGAUCUCCAGUGAACUGACUCACCAGCUUCCCCAGUGCAGUCUCCUUUCAAUAGCCAGAUAAAAGCCAAAUGAGGAGGCUGGGAAAAGAGUGUCCAACGUAGCUGCCCUGAAAACCAUCCUCCAUUUCAUUCUGGAGCGGGGAGGUUACACCCAGACAUCACAGAGGCUUCUCUCCCCACCGAGGAUGAACUGAUAGAGUAUCAGAAAACUCACAGCAACAGCAACUGGAAACAAAGGUGUUGUCUCCAAAAGACAUAGUCUUGCAAGCCCUAAAGAGCAAUCAACAGAGCCAUACAGAUUGUCCGCAUCAGGACACUAACUUCUGGGUGAAGCAUCAAAUCAACUGGUUCGUUUCUUCAUUCUGCACUUAGCAAGGCCAUGGAAGAUCUAGAGGAAACGUUAUUUGAAGAAUUUGAGAACUACUCCUAUGCCCUGGAAUAUUACUCUCCAGGGACCGACUUGGAGGAGAAAGCGCACCUGGGAGUCGUUCACUGGGUCUCCCUGGUGCUGUAUUGUUUAGCGUUUGUCCUGGGCAUCCCGGGCAAUGCCAUCGUCAUUUGGUUCACCGGAUUCAAGUGGAAGAAGACGGUCACUACGCUCUGGUUCCUCAAUCUAGCCAUCGCGGAUUUCAUUUUUCUUCUCUUCCUGCCCCUGUACAUCUCCUACGUGGCCAUGAGUUUCCACUGGCCCUUUGGCAUCUGUUUGUGUAAGGCCAAUGCCUUCAUUGCUCAGCUGAACAUGUUUGCCAGUGUUUUCUUCCUGACGGUGAUCAGCCUGGACCGCUAUAUCUACUUGAUCCACCCUGUCUUAUCUCAUCGGUACCGGACCCUAAGAAAUUCGCUGGUUAUUGUCAUAGUCGUUUGGCUUUUGGCUUCGCUAAUGGGUGGCCCAGCCCUCUUCUUCCGGGAGACUCUGGAGUCCAAUAACCGCACCGUUUGCUAUAACAACUUCCACGAGCAAGAUCCUGACCUCGUGUUGAUGAGGCAUCAUGUGCUGACCUGGGUGAAAGUUAUUGUGGGGUACCUCUUCCCUUUGCUGACCAUGAGCAUCUGCUACUUGAGUCUCAUCUUCAAGGUGAAAAAGAGAAGCAUCCUGGCCUCCAGUAAGCACUUCUGGACCAUCCUGGCUGUGGUCCUGGCCUUUUUGAUUUGCUGGACUCCUUAUCACCUAUUUAGCAUCUGGGAGCUCACAAUUCACCACAAUAGCUAUUUCCACCAGGUGCUGCAGGCUGGGAUCCCCCUCUCCACUGGCUUGGCCUUCCUCAAUAGUUGCUUGAACCCCAUCCUUUACGUCCUAAUUAGCAAGAAAUUCCAGGUGCGCUUUCGGGCCUCAGUUGCUGAGAUACUAAAAUACACACUGUGGGAAGUGAGCUGUUCUGGCACAGUGAGCGAGCCGCUCAGGAACUCUGAAACCAAAAAUCUGUGUCUCCUAGAAACAGCCCAAUGAACUCUUACUCUUCUGCAAGUCAGUAUACAGCUUUUGUGUGAGGCCCCUGACAGAUGCUUUCAGAUUAUUUGUUUCUGAGACAUAGAGCUGACUGUAUCUUCUUUUUAUUUUUGGUCAUUUUAUUGGCAUCACCUUUUUCUGUGGAUAUAAAACAUAAGAAGGAUCUUCAUCUUUUUCUCCUGCCACUGAAAUUAUCUGUGUUAUUCUUACGAAGUAUAGUGUAAAGGAGUUAUCAACACUACUUUUUCAAUUUAAUAACUUUUUUGAAGUUCUAAAUCUUAAUAUUAAAGACAUGACUAAUUUUAAAAAUGUAAAAAUAAUGUGCGCUUAAGCUUUAAUUUUGCAUAAGUAACCUAUUAACUUAUUCUUUCUUUCUGAGGCAUGUGGAAGUUCCUGGGCCAGAGACAAAACCUGCCCAAUAGCAGUGACAACGCCAGAUCCUUCACUGCUGGGUCACCAGGGAACUUCCCGGACUAGUUCUUAAAAUGCAGUAUAUGUACUUAAUUUCUUUAUUUCAUGUAAUCUGUGUCUGUGCGUUUAUGAAUUAAAGUAAUAAUUGGUUA